AUGGGCAGUCUAGCCGAUUCCCGCUGGGCUUCAAACUCAAACCAGAGUGACAGACAUACACACCAGUCGGAAUACCGUUCGACCUUCUCCACACAUACCAGCAUCCACAAUGUCCGCAAUCAAAACAGGACGAGCACGAGAGCUUCGAGCCCGGCGUCUAGAUCACAACAUCAGCCCCAUCAUCCAGGGACCCUGCUACCACCAGUAGAGGAAUUAUCCCGCUUUAUGAAGAUUGUCGCACGACUGCGCUGGAAACUCCCCUUCCUGGCUGAAGGUUACAGACUAGCAACCGUGACCGGUGCUGAACCGGGCGACAUCGCACAUGCUGAAAUCAUGUUCAAGAUUGAUUUUCAUGAAUAUUAUGCUCUGCUUGAACGUGCUAUCGUGCAUUUACUUGCUGUUUUUAAUAUUUCUGUUUCCGCGGGGAGAGGUGGGGGCGUUAGUGUUGAUGGGAAAAUGGAUCGGAAUGGGCAUGCUGGAAGCGCUCAUCGAUAUCAUGCCAAUGUUCUUGAAGCCCUACGGGAACAAUCAACACCUUUAUCGCCUGUGCUUGGGAGCGGGGUGGUUUAUUCGCAGUUACAGCGAGCGAAGGAGUUGCGGAAUCGUUGGAAGACUGCGGAUUUGACACCUGAAGAGAGGGCAAGGCAGGGAGAGACGAAGGAGGUUGUUGCACUCGCCAGUUUUGAUUUUGAGGAGAUUCUGUCGGAUAUCUUUCUGGGGUUGGAGGAAUCUUAUGUGCGUGCGAAAGAUCAUGUUGAUAAGUGCGUUCGUCCGGAUGAUGAAUCUGGGGUUGAAGCUGAUGAGGAGGCCGGGUGGGGAUUCAUGGUUGAUGCUAUGGACUGGGAAGCUGUUUGA